AUGACAAGAAAGUCUGGAGAUGAUAAAAACUUACAUCGACAAAUAAAAGGAAGUCAAGAUAAAAUCGAACGAUUAUCAGUUCUUGACGAAUUUAUUGAUACUGUAAUAAAUAUUGAUGACUGUUCUGCACCAGAUCGAU